CACCUGCCGAGCUGGGGCGGGGUAGGACGGGGGUGCGGAGGUGCGGCAGCCGCCAGCCAGUCGGGAGCGCGCGAGACGCCGGGCGACUGAGACCCCCGGGUGAGAGCCGCCUACCUGCAGUCGCCGCCCACGGCGGGGCAGCCACCAUGGCUUUUCUGCUGCGCUUCGUGCUCCUGUGCGGAGUCGUGGAUUUCACCAACAGUUUGAGUAUCACUACUCCUGAACAGAUGAUUGAGAAGGCCAAAGGGGCGACUGCCUAUUUGCCAUGCAAAUUUACGCUUGGUCCAGAAGACCAGGGCCCACUGGACAUUGAAUGGCUGCUGUCACCAGCUGAUAAUCAGAAGGUGGAUCAAGUGAUUAUUUUAUAUUCUGGAGACAAAAUUUAUGACGACUACUAUCCAGAUCUGAAAGGACGAGUACAUUUUACAAGUACUGAUCUGAAAUCUGGCGAUGCCUCAAUAAAUGUAACAAAUUUACAGUUGUCAGAUAUUGGCACCUAUCAGUGCAAAGUGAAGAAAGCUCCUGGUGUUGGAAAUAAGAAGAUUCAGUUGACAGUUCUUGUUAAGCCUUCAGGUACAAGAUGUUACAUUGAUGGAUCAGAAGAAAUUGGAAAUGACUUUAAACUGAAAUGUGAACCAAAAGAAGGUUCACUUCCUUUACGAUAUGAAUGGCAAAAAUUGUCCAACUCACAGAAACUGCCCACCUCAUGGUUAGCAGAAAUGACUUCACCUGUUAUAUCUGUAAAAAAUGCCACUACUGAAUACUCUGGGACAUAUAGCUGUACAGUCACAAACAGAGUGGGUUCUGAUCAGUGCCUGCUACUCCUGGAUGUUGUGCCUCCUUCUAAUAGAGCUGGAACAAUUGCGGGAGCUAUUAUAGGAACUUUACUUGCUCUAGUACUCAUUGGUUUUAUCGUCUUCUGCUGUCAUAAAAAGCGCAGAGAAGAAAAAUAUGAAAAGGAAGUUCACCAUGAUAUCAGGGAAGAUGUGCCUCCUCCAAAGAGCCGUACAUCCACUGCCAGAAGCUACAUUGGCAGCAAUCACUCAUCCCUGGGAUCCCUGUCCCCUUCCAACAUGGAUGGAUAUUCCAAGACUCAGUACAACCAAGUACCAAGCGAAGACUUUGAACGCGCCCCCCAGAGUCCAACUGUCCCGCCUGCUAAGGUAGCUGCCCCAAACCUCAGUAGGAUGGGAGCGGUGCCUGUGAUGAUUCCGGCACAGAGCAAGGAUGGGUCUAUAGUAUAGAGUCGUCUGUCUGUGUUCUGCACACUUCUCUUAAAUAUGAAAACAUGUUCUGUUCUAAAUUUUGCUACCAGCCUCAAAAUAAUAUCAGAAAGAAGGUAACUAGAAACUGUACUGACUAUACUUCAAAAAGUAUUGUUUGGUUAUAUUGAAAUAGUAAAGGUAUUAAAGUUACUCAAGACAAAUUCACCGUCUGAAAAAGAUUUCCUUGAAGAGGUUGAUUUGAUAGGUUUGAGAGGUUUCUAAAUACCAACACUUAGUUGAGAUGUAGCACUUUGUAUAUGAAGUUACAGGUGAAGAAACUGGUCAACUUUCAUGCACACCAAGUUGAUACUUGAAUCAUCUGAAAGUAGUACCUUAAAAUUUCUACCAUUAUUUUUAGGUUGCUUUUUCAAUUAAUUUAUGACCUAGUAGUCUCCCCCAAAUGGGGAAAGAAACAUUCAUGGAAAAAAUACUUACAUAUAUUAAUGUUUGUUCUUUUUAUUAUUUCUUUGAAAACUAUGUUUUGGAGUCUCUAAUAAUACAGAAAACACUACAGUGUUCUGGAAACUAUUAGUUUUGCUUCUGAGUCAUUCAUAAACCUUGUCUAUCUAUGAAAUGAGUUCUUAACUGUUUAACUGAUAGACUGUUACAGGCAACAGGGACAUAGUAAGUUCUUUUAUAUGCUAAAAAAAGGAGCAUCUCUCUUACUCACUUAGAAAACUUGCUGUCAGCUACAUAUAGUGAUAACACCAGCGGGGCAGCCAUGAGUAUGGAUUUUGUUGCUGAGUGCUCUGACUCGGCACCUGUGGUAGUCUUCAGAACAGUGAGAAGCCACAUCGAGAACGUGGUAUUCUGCAGUUCUCAGCUAAACAGUGGCCCUCCACUUAAGGUGGUAUUUUUCUAAUAAGAAAAAUUAUAACUAAUUUAUUAUUGGAUAAUUACAGUUGAAAUUCCCUAAUUACCAGUUCUAAAUUUUUUCUGGUUCAGUGGUUUUGUUUUUUGUUUUUUUGGAUGGUGUUGCAUAUAUGUUCUGGAAACAUGUAAUCCUAAAGUUACCGUCCUGAGUGCAGGUUCCUGGAGGCUGUGUUCUUUACAGACUCUGCAUGAGGAAAUACAUUUUAAGCUAGUAAGUGUCCUCCGUCAGUUCUGUACCUCAGACCUGGGAGGAUGUGCCGUUGCUGUUGUAUGGCCAGCAUGUCUUUGUGUAGUUACAGAAAAAUCAAGUUGAGAUUUGAAAAGUUUGAGUAUUAGUUUUGUGAAAGUGAUUUAUUCUUUAAAAAAAAAAGAAAGAAAGAAAUGAAGGGAAUAGAAGGAGUACUUCUAACUGCCAAAUGUGUUAAAUGCUGUGUAGUAGAAGAAAGUGACUUUUAUUGUAUUUCCCUUAAGAUUGUGAGGGAGUGUAGCUAUAGUAGAAAGAGCCAACAGUUUCUUUAUAGUAAAUAAGGUCUAUAAUAAAUUAUUACUCUAGCUCUAAAACCUUUUCCCUAGAUUUUAGUAGGGAGCUGGUUUCUGUUAAUCUCUUUGGGUGCUGUGGUGGUUAAUGCUACAUUAUAAAUUAAUGUUGGCAUGAAUUUAUGGUUAGGAAGAAUAUUGUGUAUACUUUUUAAUAGUAAAUUUAAGGUGAAUAUCUGUGUAAUUGAUUAUCUAUGUAAUGUAGUUACACCUAAUUUGGAAGCAUUUUUUAUAUAGGUUUUUAACCUUACAUAAUACUGCUUUUAUACUUGCAUUAACAUUUUCAUCUGUGCCUUCUGGGUAAUUUAAUUUUUAUUAUGAAUUUCUGGUGCCUAUGAGCUAGCUAUCACCUAAAAGGUGCUUAGAGGUGAAGGUACUGUUCCUAAAACACAUCACUGUGACACCUUUCUAUCCUCACACUUUGAAUCUUGCCUCCUCUUCUCUGUUCUUUUUGGAUGCAAUUUUGACUGAUUGUGUUAUACACAAAAUUGUAAAAUUUCAGAACCACCAAUGCUCUUUGUUUAUGAUUUUACAGUAGUAGCUAUUUUUGAAUGCCAGAUGUCUGGCCUAUUUUAUAUGAGUAAAAUUUAUAAGAUAUUAUAAGAAUAAAUAACAGAUCACAACUUUAAUAAUAAAAUAAUUUUGGUUCUUCCUAUUCCCAACUUUCAUACAAUGAAGAUUUUGUUAUCAAUCUAAGCAGAAAUUACUAUAAAAGGUGUACUAAGCUAGGCUUUGGCUAUAAGUUAAUCAGAACCACAUCCAGAAGUGCUUUCCAUUUAGACCUGAGAAAUGAGCUUGUGAAAAAUCAGUUGUGUGACCUAAGAGACUACUGGGUGUAAGGUUAAAGAUGGUACCUCCAUUUACUGUCAGUGUAAAUUUCAGUUGACCCAAAAUUUAUAUAGUACUGACAACCUGCCAAAUAAGUCUUACUGGUAAAUUCAGUCAAAACAGAGAUCAAUGUUUGUUCUGGAAUUACUCUUGGUAAUCAUCAAGCAAGCAAUUCAACCAAAAAUAGUUAUUCAUUCAUUGCCAUUAGAAAGCCAGUCAGUCAAGGAUCUCACUGCUGUCUUUGAAGCAAAACCUUUUCAUUCAACUUUACACCUAAGAAACUUGACACCAUCUCUUUGAGUCAUACAGGAUAACUUGAAAAGGAUGCCAUUGAAUCUGUAGUUCUGUGCUUUGAAUGUGUUGUUUAUAGGUGUUCUUUUUCUUGUCAGCAAUCUUACCAAUAUUCCUGUUAGAAGGAAAAAAAGACAAAUCUUACUGAUUACACUGAAUAAUUUUUCCAGGCAAAUAACUUCUUUAAAUUUGUGCUAUCUGCCAUGAAGUUGUUAUAAAGAAAACACAGACUGACUGUUUCUUAGGGGGAGGGAGGUUAGUUGAAGAAACACAAUUAGAUUAGGGAUUUGGAGAAAUACCUGAUUUUAUUAAAAAGAUCAUUUUUAAGAUUGAGUUCUGGAAAUUUGUAGCAAAUAAAGGGGCAAGUAAACAUUUUGAUUAGUUACAAGGAAAACUCAUUGCAUGAAGUUGGAUAUCAAAUUCUUUAAUGUAUUGAUUGCUUCUUAAAAUAACUUCUGUCUUUUUUGUAUGCAUGUGGCAUGUAAAUUUGAAGUUAUGUGAAUGUUUAAAGUUUUUUUCUAAUCUCUUUUCAUUUCCACAGUGUUUAUAGGGCUUUCAGAUGCCUUUGUCCAGUGUGAACAGAAAGUCCAUAUUUUAUGUAGUUAAUGCUUUGAUGUGUCAUGUUAGAAGUAGUUUGUAGAAAGAGUUGGCACAAUUUAACUUGAGUAGCUUGUGACAUCAUUAUAUAUUAUAUAUAUGUACAUAUAUCUUUAUAAUAUGUCUGUGUUUACUAGUAUAAAUGUUCUGGGCAAGUUUUAAUAUUUCAAAUGCCUUUGGAUAUUCUUACAAUAAAGGCAACAUGUUCUGCAGUUGGAUUUUUUACUCAUUGCCUAUUUUGACACUAAAAUGGUCCAUAACUGAGCGUAAAUUCUACUUAUAAAAGUCAUAGAAGCAGAGAAGAAUAAUGCAUUUGUGAAUGGUGGUUCUGUUUACCUUGUGGAUUAUAACACCGGCAAGCAAUUUCUUCAUGUGGCUUCUCACUAUCAGUUACGGUCAAGUUUUACAAAAUACUCUGUUUUGUAAUUUAAGAACGUGUUGAAUAUCAGUUGGGUUUGGUUUUGGUCAUAAUACUAAAAGCUCCCAUCAAGGAAGAGGUCUGUGUUCUCUGCUAACUUAGUUAAUGAUGGAAGUGUUAAGAGAGCCACAAUUCAUUGAUUCACUUAUUCUUGUCCCAACUGAACUUUUUGUAUUAAAUACACUUAUACUACUGAGAAAAAAUAUUUUGACACUUCACAUACAAGUAGAUAAUUGAUAGUAUCAGUUUCAAAAAUAAUUUUAUUUUUAAGGUUUCUAGCUUAAGUAUCCAAUGUUGCAGAUUUUGAAAUUUGUAAGAACAAAAUUUGUUUUUAAAAACAACAACUUGCUCUAGUUUUGUGACUUGUGUACUUUUGAAAUAAAAUCAAGAAAGCAGUU